AUGGACAUGGAUGAAGACUUAGGGCAAAAGGAGGAUGAAAGACCUAGCAGCAGCAUCACCAGUAGCAGCAGCAGCAGCAGUAAGACAUCCCAUGCUGCCUCUAGUAAGGGGGGCCAAAAUACAACAUCUACAACCAGUGGAACAUCUGGCAGCACUUCCAAGAGUGGUACAACAGAAGAUAGUACCAAGGCAGCAGCUGUGGUACCAAAACUAACCCGAAAGGUCCAUUGGCCAUGUCGUAUUGGAGAUGAAGCCUUUACUUCACUGAAAGUCAGCAAAGAACACAAAGAGCUCUACACUGUUGUGAGGAAUGUAAAAGAAGCCCAUGAGGUACAGGAAUCUGGAGAGACUCAAGAAUUUAUUGAUGAUGUAGAGUAUCUAUUGGCUGGCCUGGGAGAUACAGAACCUAUGUCUACUCGAUGUCUAAGUGCUUUUGGAAUUGCCUCUAAAUGUAUGAUGCCUGCAUUCCGGAUGCACCUGCGGGCCCAUGGUACCCCUGCCAAAAUCUUUACUGCUUUGCAUGAUGCCUCUACUAACCCUAGUCUAGCAUUGAGUACAGCCACUCUGAUGUUCAUGUUGAUGCGAGAUCGACUGAGCUAUGAUAUAGGUCAGGAUACAUUGAGUCUAAUUGUGCAGCUUUUGGAAGAGGAUACACAAUCACAGUCCAGUUAUGAGGCCAAGGAAUAUGACCGUAUGAUACAGAAAGUACAGGAGUUAUAUAGAGAGUGUCAUAAGAUUGGCAUGGCCAAACAGAUUGAUCUCGAUUCUAUAUCGACGGGUAACUUGGCAAUGGAGUCAUUAUUGACUAUCACUGCAUCUCGUAAUGCAUCAGAUGUCUUCAAGAAUGAGUUGCGAUCACUUGGUGCCCUUGACCAUAUUGUUAAUACAGUGUGUUCUUGUGUGAAGUCCUUAGAAAGAUAUGCACUGUCUAUGUCCCACAAUCACAGAAGGAAGCUAGAAAAAGUGGACAGAUGUCUCCGGGUCCUGGAAAAUGUGACCAUCACAAAUAUUGAAAACCAAAGUUUCCUGAUCUCAUACAAGCAAUGUGCAUUAGUGAAUUCCCUCAACACUGCUCUGCGGCACUGCCAGCAUGCCAUCACUGCCUUCCCAUUAGAGGAUGAUUCUGAUAGACCCGGUGACAGUAAAAUAGACAAAGAAUCCAAUGGUUGGAUCAUCUUCAGCUGUAUGCUGGCUGUAUUACGGGUUUUACUCAACUUGACACAUGAAAAUGAUUAUGGCAGCACAAAAGUCGGAUCCCAAGAAGGACUGAUUCAAACCGUGUUUGACUGCAUCCUCCAGGUGCCUCAGUACACAAUUGCCUGCAAGCGAUUUGAUUUAUUAGUUCUGGGCCUUGGAUUAUUGAUCAACUUAGUUGAGCAUUGUGUUGUAAAUCGGCGAUUAUUGGUCACUAUGCAGACAGUGAGACCCUCUGACAGUUCAUCUCACUCAGAGACUCUUGGUGCUGUGGAGGCAUUAGUUGAGUUUUAUAACAUUUACUUUUCUUUCCCUCUUGUCACUCUCUCUCUCUCUCACGCUUUUACAUCCCUCUUGUCUCUCUCUUUCACGCUUUUACAUCCUUCUUGUCUCUCUCUCUUCCACUUUUUCAUCCCUCUUGUCUCUCUCUCUUCCACUUUUUCAUCCCUCUUGUCUCUCUCUCUUCCACUUUUUCAUCCCUCUUGUCUCUCUCUCUUUCACUUUUUCAUCCCUCUUGUCUCUCUCUCUUCCACUUUUUCAUCCCUCUUGUCUCUCUCUCUUCCACUUUCUCAUCCUUCUUGUCUCUCUCUCUUCCACUUUCUCAUCCCUCUUGUCUCUCUCUCUUCCACUUUCUCAUCCCUCUUGUCUCUCUCUCUUCCACUUUCUCAUCCCUCUUGUCUCUCUCUCUCUUCCACUUUCACAUCCCUCUUGUCUCUCUCUCUCUUCCACUUUCACAUCCCUCUUGUCUCUCUCUCUCUUCCACUUUCACAUCCCUCUUGUCUCUCUCUCUCUUCCACUUUCACAUCCCUCUUGUCUCUCUCUCUCUCUUCCGCUUUCACAUCCCUCUUGUCUCUCUCUCUCUCUUCCGCUUUCACAUCCCUCUUGUCUCUCUCUCUCUCUCUUCCUGGAUUAAAAGAAACUUGUCUCUCUCUCUCUCUUCUUCCUUUCACAUCCCUCUUGUCUCUCUCUCUCUUCCUUUUCACAUAUAUCUUGUCUCUCUCUCUCUCUUCCUUUUCACAUCCCUCUUGUCUCUCUCUCUCUUUCACAUCCCUCUUGUCUCUCUCUCUUUUCACAUCCCUCUUGUCUCUCUCUCUCUCUUCCGCUUUCACAUCCCUCUUGUCUCUCUCUCUCUCUCUCUCACCCUUUUACUUCUCCUUUGCCUCUCUCUCUCGCCCUUUUGCCUCUCUCUCGCCCUUUUGCCUCUCUCUCGACUCUUUCUCUCCCUUUCGCCUCUCUCUUGACUCUCUCUCUCUCCCUUUCGCCGCACUCUUCUCCCUUUUGCCUCCCUCUCUCUCUCACCCUUUCACCUCCCUUAUAUCUCUAUCACUUUUGCCACACUUUCCUUCACACUAUUUCAAAUAUCAAGUGUCGCUAUUCUUGUUUUGCCGAAAGGAGCAAGCUGCCCGUGAAAUGGAGGCCCAAGAAGAAGAGGAAGAAAACUCUGGCACUGCAGCUGAAUCUUCUCCCAACAAGAGUGGCAACUGGCAAGAGAGUGAUUCAUGCCUGCAAUGGAUCGUAGGGACUAAAAAGAAACAAGAAGCAGAGAAAGAGGUAGAGGAUCGCAGACAAAAUGGAGAAAAUGUUGAAGAUGAUGAAGACGCUGAAGAAAAAUUCACAAAAGCCUUACAUGAAGCUGGAAAACACAUGGAAAACAGCUUUGUUGCUGCCUACGUUGCCUUGUUGAUAGGGUGUUUGAUCCAGGACAACCAGAGCCAUGUUGAAAAAGUGAAGGAACAUCUUCCAAAUGGAUUUGAACCAAUGAUCAAAAUAUUAAAGAAAUUCCUUGAAUUUAUGAACCUCACUAGUGCAUCCGGAGGUUCUGGAAGUCGUUCCAUUGCCCGCGUGAUUGAAACCCUGGAGGCCUGUUGA